AUGCUCGCCGUCCAGCAGGCUCCCAGGAUGGGUUCUACGCAGCCUGACUCCGACCCCUUACUACCCUUCGGCUAUGCCGUUGACCCGACCCAGGAGUCCCUCUUCGAUGCCCCCGACCCUGCGCCGGGGGCACCGCUCCUCUCCGAGACCGACAGCAAGUUCCUUAGCUCCUUCUUCGAGGACUUGACGGCCAACCAAUACAACAUGCCGUCCUUCGGCGAGGGGCUCAACUUCAGUGAUGCCUGGCUCGACCUGCCACCGCAGUUCAUGGGCACGGCGACCUCGUUCGGCCCACAGUCCGGCUCUCUAGACUCCUCGGGCGACCAGGGCUACGCCAACAGCAACAACGGCCACAGUAACAGUAACGCUCAGCUCGAGCUGCAAAGGAUGAUGUCUGGUUCCAGCCUCAUGCCCCCUCCCCCGCCCCCUCCAUCACAACCCCAACCGUUCCAGCAGCAACAUUCCGACGACGUCCUCAGUGCUGCCGCGACCCUCCUUCAGAACGGCUCCAGCUCUCGGGGCAGCGUCUCGUCCAAGGGCGGUGACUCGCCGCAGUCGAGGCGGCCGGUCGGGGGGUACCCCGUGGGCCACCUGCGCCACCAGCCGAUGGAGGAGUUCAAGGAGGAGAACCGCAGGAGCAGUCUCGUGACGGAGCACGACAACACGUUCACCGAGUGGAUGUGGGGGUCCAAAGAGCGAACGCCGGUUCGAAAGGUCAACCUGGGCGAUAUCCAAUGGGGGUCGGAUUCCAAUUUUGGCACUCCACAAGGAUACGUCCCGGAGCCACACAAGGAGUCAGUCGAGUCUCAGCAGCAAACGCAGCUCAAAUGCCUCGAGUGCCUUGAGGUUAACAAGAGCGCUGCUAACACACGGCCUAGUAGCCCCGUCAACGGUCGCAGCCCUCUGGAACCCAGAGAUGGCUCGGACUACAUCAAGCGAGAGGACGACCCCAACGCGCCGCCUCGCAAGAGGCGCAAGAGCAAGAACGUCAGGGAGGCCGCCGAUGAGGACGAGGACGACGAAGUCAACUCGUCCAAGUCCGGCAAGAAGCGGAAGCCCAGGUCUGAGCGAAACGGUACCUCGCCACUGUCCGAUGCAACGGCUAGCAGCAGGCGGCGCAAGUCAACGGCCAACGGCGCCAAGCCUCCCCGCGAGAACCUCACCGAGGAGCAAAAGCGAGAGAAUCACAUCCGGAGCGAGCAGAAGCGACGCACCUUGAUCAAGGAGGGCUUUGACGACCUCGGAGACCUUGUUCCCGGCCUCAAGGGUGGCGGCUUCAGCAAGAGCACGACGCUUGCAAUGGCCGCCGAGUGGCUCGAGGACCUCCUCCGGGGCAACAAGACCUUGGCCGCCCAGGUAGCCUCGCUUGGCAGCUGA